AUGCUUUCUGACGACGAGGACACCUUGCCCAUAGCUUUGCAAGCUGCCAUGCGCCGCAGGCAAGCUGAGGACAGCCAGCACGGAGACAAGCCAACGUCAAAGCGAGCCCGCCAAGUGCAUAAGAAACCAGCUGCUUCCAAGCCGAGGGCAGCCCCACGAGUUUCAAAGCCUUUGGAGCCUGCAGCCCCCGAGCACUUGGAGGUGAUCCAGCUCUUGAAGGGCUAUGGGUCUGAGACCGGGCAUAACAAGCUUUCAUGCGUUCUGCCACAUGAAGGCAUUCGCGUUGGAAGUGGAUGCAGCGGAUGGGGCAGCGAAAUGUUCGCCCUAGCCGCGCUGGGCGUUAAGUAUGAUGUCAGCUGGAAGAUGCUCAACGCCCGGCUGCACGGCGGGCUGCCACAGAACCGGGUCAGGAUUUUUAUCUGCGGCACUUUGCGCAAACGACGAACACAAGACAUGCUUUGGCCAGAUGAGGUACCCAUGAAGCCUUUGAGCCACAUCAUAGAGCGUGGACUCCCACCAGUGCAGGUGACGAAGCUGUCUUCAGGGUACCUCCGUCAAUUGGCUGAGGCGAAAGCAGCUAUUCUGCAGAAGAGCCCUCAAGCCUUGAAAGAAUCGGAGAUCAUCAUUGACCUUGGCAACUCGGCCAGUCGAGGCCCAACUUGGGCAGUGGACUACGCACCUUGCCUGACGAGGACCAGAGGAAAGGGCAAUGGAUUCUGGGUUCUCAGUCAGCAUCGCUGGCUGACGAUGAAUGAGAAGCUUCGACUGAUGGGCCUCUCGCCAGCUCAAAUCCCACAGGGUGUUGUGAGUGAAAGCACUUUGGGAGCGAUAGCUGGCAAUGCAGUGCCGAUUGGCUUGUUGGUGCCUGUGCUGCGGGCUUUGCUGCAAACAGCGCGCUAA